AUGCGACCAGCGAUACCAAGGUCCAUCGCUCUUGGGCUAAGCAGAAAAUCCGGGAGCUGCCGCGGCUUGCAUCUCCUCCGGGACAUGCCCCAACCUACGGCUAAGCAGAUGCUCAGCUAUCGCCUGACGCGCUGGACGGCACAGCCAACCUCGCUAUUGCUUGUACACAAGCCCGAUGACGAGCGCGUGCGGAAGACGAUGCGAGAUGUUCUUUCAAUGUUGACCAAGACUUACCCGCAUCUCCGCCUGCUAGUCGAACCACAUACCGCGCGCGACCAGCCUGAAUUUGAUAAUUUAGUGGUUGUCGAGAAGGGCGACGUGGACCUGCUGCCAGAAAAUACACAUCUCGUACUCACGCUGGGCGGAGAUGGGACUGUGCUGCACGUCGCCAACCUCUUCAGCCAGGGCGAAUGUCCACCGGUGCUGUGCUUCUCGAUGGGCUCACUCGGCUUCCUCCUCCCGUUCCACAUCUCGCAACUCUCCUCGGCUGUGCAGACAACUCUCACUGGCCCCGUGCCGAUCCUGAACCGGAUGCGUGUGGAGUGCAAACCUCAGGCGCCAGAUGGGAGCUUGCUUGAGCGCUGUGGACCUAAGAGCCGCAGCGGAUGGCAGGUCAUGAACGAGGUAUCACUACACCGCGGGCGGCACCCGCACCUUACAGUCGUCGACACCUAUUUCGACGGGCAGCACCUGACCGAGGCAGUGUCCGACGGCCUCCUCCUCUCAACACCAACAGGCUCGACAGCCUAUUCCCUCUCCGCUGGCGGACCAAUUUCGCACCCUGAAGCGGACGCGCUCCUCCUCACGCCCAUUGCCCCGCGGUCGCUCAGCUUCAGACCAAUAAUCCUUCCCGGGCACGGUGUAGUGAGGCUCGAGAUCAGUCCAAGAGCUCGCGCGCCCGCUGAGCUAUCGAUAGACGGUCGGGAGGUGUGUCUGCUCAACGCGCGCGAGAGCGUUGUGAUACGCAAGUCGCCGUUUCCGAUUCCAUGCGUCGAGCGCGUGGGCCAGGGAACAGGGUGGGUGCGCGACAUCAACUCUCUGCUGCAAUUCAACGUGGGUUUCGUCAACAAGAGCUUGGAAGAACCGGGGCAUUAG